UUGCAACCGCUUCACUGUACGAUCGUCCGUCACCGAGGAAGGGCCACACAGCCACGCCAGCUCGCGUCGUGCGAAACAGAGCAGCGCGCGUGCGCGAAACGAAAGCGCGAAGAAAAAAAGGCAAAAGAAGGAGAAGACUACUUAUUUCACGAAUUAAAGUGCAAAUGACAAGCAAUACUGAAACGACAGCUGUUUGCAAUCCCAGCUAGCAGUUUGUUCACAAAUUUGCUGCGAAACAUAAGCAAAUCUCCCCUUCGUGCACCCAAACGUACCUACACUACGAGAAAUCCGCAAAACGGUGUAUAAAACGGGGUGGCACGGCAGGCGGCCCGUUUCCAAUUGAUUUAUAAGUCCAUAAAUUAAAAGUGAAACUUUCCGACCCAGCACAGAGAGGGAGACCAGCGAUCUGUAUUGUGCGUGUGUGUGCGUGUAUGUGUGUGUUUGUUUGUAAGUGAUCCAUUUGCCAGCACUCCCCCCUUGCAGCAGGCAUUAUUGAUCGGCAGCGCCUGCUGCUCUUGUUCAUUGGUGUUCGAUCGAAUGCUGGGCACACCCCGCCAGUGAUCCGUUUGAUCCGUGGGGUGAAUUUCCCACCCCCUCCUCUCAAAGAAAAGGAGUGCGCGGGAAGUGUCAUUGCGUGCGCCCCAAAGUGAACCAAAGUGCAGUGAAGCAGCAGGUGUGUCGUGUGUUGUGUGGUGCGUGUUCGAGUCGCGAUCGGAGAAGGACCUUUGAGUCGCGUCGACGCGCACGUGUGCCGUGCCGUCAUCAAUAAAUCGAAACCGUUUUCGGACGGAAAACGGAAAAGAAACACCCGUCGAGCGGGAGUGAGCGGGGGAGAGGACACGCAUUUCGGUGUGAUUUUCAUCGUAGUGGUGUUUUUUUUCUUCUUGUACCGGCGUCCUUCAGCACAAGAGCACAGGAUGGCCUUCUUCAAGAGCAUCUGGAAAAAUAGCUCCAAGCACAAGAAGUUGUGCGAGGAGCUUGCGUUAGCGAACAGUAUUCGAGAUUUUUCCGAAAAUCACGACGAACUGGAGGACGGUUCGAACGAAGCCAUCAGCUACAGCGUGAAGUACCUCGGCAACACACCCGUCCCUACUCCGCGGUCCGAGAAUGCUACGGCGGAAGCGGUCAAGAGCAUCAUAACCGCAGCCAAGGGUAACAAGAAGCUGCAACGCGUCUCACUGUCGAUCUCACCGAAGGGUAUCGAGAUGAUCGACACCGGUACCGGCGAAACGCUGCUCCAGGUGUCGAUCUACCAGAUCUCGUACUGCUCGGCCGACGCCAACCACGAUCACGUGUUUGCGUUCGUCGGCUGCACGCUCGGCUCGGAGGCGGAGGUGAAGGAGAUGUGCUUCCGGCGCACGGCGGAGGAGAUCAACCUCGAGGGACCGCUCGUGUGCCAUGCCUUCCUGUGCCAGAAGCGCAAGAUGGCGCAAACCGUCACGCUGACGGUGGCGCGCAGCUUCGAGCGUGCGUUCCAGAUCUGGCAGAGCAAGCAGUUCCACGCGGAACGCAAGCGCAAGGAGCUGGAGGAGCGCAUGGAGCGGGACCUGCGCGGUAGCCAGGAACUGGUGCGUAAAGCUGCAACGAGCGAUUCGAACGGCAGUGCCGGGCAGCAGCGGGAUGAGAGCGAAUGUCGCAGCUUGCUGAUCGAUUUUAACUCCGAGCUGACGGAGAUCUGCUCCGACGCUCACCAUCAUCGGGAGCUUCUGCAGAACACUUGGGUAUCAUUUGAAGAUGAUCAAAAGCCACAAGAGUUUCUCGCGGUGCCAACACUAUCUUCCAACUCCGGCUGGAGCGGGAUGGCCAUCUGCUCAAACUGAGCAACCAGUCUCGCCUCCGGACUACAAUCACAACAACAACAGCAACAGAAUAGAAUUAGAAUCAUCAUGCUAAGCUUCAUGUUGCGUUUGCGUUUUGGAUGGGAGUUUGGAGCGAUCAGUUUACAAAUGCUUUGAGAGUUUUUUUUUUUAAUAUUAUUUUCGAAUUUUGCCUUCUUCAGCCGUCAAACAACACAAUAAGUUCGAUUUAGAUUAAGAGUGCUACUAAGCUAUCGCAUACAUUGGGGUUUAGUCAUUAUUUGGGUCAUAUUCAAGUCAUACUUAUGGUAAUGUUUUGUUUACAAUUCUCCUUUUUUUAAAGAAAGCGCCCUCUGUGUCCCGAUUGUCCCAUAUUUGCAUUAGUUUGUGAUAUUUUAAAUAAAAAACGACAGUUCAAACAAAA